AUGGUACUACCUGGGAUUGCCUUUGUUGCCUUUAGUGCCCUUGCGUCACUGAAACUCUUCAAAUGUGGACCAGACGAGCAACCGGCGUGUUUUCUACUCACGGAAGCUUGCAUUCAAGAUGCCAUUGCGGCGCUCGGCAAUGGCGACGAUGCAGACCAUAACACUGUAGCGCUAUUGAAAUACGCCGUCGUCGUGGACUUUGGGUCCCGCAUGAAAUCUCUAAAGCGGAACGUCAAGGCCUAUCGAGACCUGAGUCCGAUGGGCAAUGCGGAAGCGGGAGUUCGAUUUGUCCAAUCCGUCUUGGAAUGGGCCCAUCAAGUGCCGGGAGCUGCCGUAAUCUUGUUGCCAUUGAUUGCGGAAAAUUGUGACAGUACGGAUGAAGAUUCGUCCGUCAGCGGGUUUUUGACGACGAUUCAACAACGAUUUCGGGCCGAAACGGCAGGGGCCGAACCCAUUCAGGAUCUGUCCAACUUGAAGGUUACCAUUCCCUUGGCCGAACAAAUGCGAAUUCAGAAUCUCGGAGAUGGACAAGAGGGCCAACACAAUGAUAGAAUUCGGUUUCCAUCUAUUAUACAGGAAUAUCUUGGAAAACCGGCGGCUUGA